UUAUCAGUAAUACAGCGUUCGUCAAGGCAGGCGGUUCACCCGAAGUCCAUUAUAGAAACGAAAUCCAACAGAGCGACAUGGAUUUGGCCGGCAAGAAUGUGGUUUACCUUGGAGGAUUCGGCGGCAUAGGCCAGAAGUGUGUGCAAGAGCUGCUUCGGCGCCAGCUGAAGGCACUGGCAGUGUUUGACUUAACAGAGAAUGCUGAAGCACUGGCCGAGUGGCGGACAGGCACUCCCGGAACGGACAUCUUCUACCAACAAGUGGACAUCACCAAGAAGGAGGACAUCGAGGCAGCCUACAAGGCCACCGCUGAGCGGCUGGGACACUUUGAUGUGGUUGUCAAUGGCAGUGGGCUGAUGAACGAUCGCCUGGUGGAGCUCACCAUUCAGAUAAACUUGCUUGGUGUCAUCCAGAGCACCUUGACAGCCCUGGAGUACAUGGACAAGUCUAAGGGCGGCAGAGGUGGACUUAUAGUGAACAUUUCGUCGGUGGCUGGACUCCAGCCUACGGCUCUGAUGGCCAUAUAUUCAGCGGCCAAGACCGGAACUACAUCCUUUACCCGCUCCAUGGCUAAUCCCAUCUACUUUGCCCACUCGGGAGUGAGCUUUGUGACCAUCUGUCCGGGAUUCACUGAGACGCCCCUGCUGGACGACAUCUCCAGCAAGACGACAUUCACGUACCACACACCCAUGCUGGACAUGUUCAACCGGGUGAGGCGCCAGAAGCCGGAAGACUGUGCCAGAAAUCUGGUCCAGGCCAUGGAACAGGCUAAGAAUGGAGCUGUUCUCAUGCUGGAGCUGGGCGAGACUCAAGAGAUUGAUAUACCCGACUUUUGGAAGCCUCAGAUCGAGUAAAAAUAUUUUCUUAAUCUUAUUAACAUAUUAUAUUCCAGCAUGUACCUAAAUAAACUCAUAUCAUAAUCUCGAUUCCAUAUAAUCUCGUAUACCCAAGAUAAAAUGUUUGAGUAGCCCACAAAAACCACAAGAACACAUCAGAUGUCAGAUGCCAUAUAUCAGAUAUCUUCGUGGUUUACUCUAUAGAUAAUAUAUAGUAGGUAUCGAUUAAGUUUCUUUUAUUUAAAUAUAUCUCGCAGACAUACACAAAAUUGA